AUGCAUAGUUGCAAGGCUGCAGACUCACCACUCUCGCAAAUGGUGGCGGAGAACGCCUACCAGUUAAUCAUCAUAAGCGCGCAAUGCAAAAAGAAAGAGAGAGGUACCUGGCUGGAAGAUAGUAGCUCCACCGCCGCUAUAUGCCUACUACCAGGGAUUAACGCCAUCACUGUAGACAAAGGGAAUGGUUUCAUCUGGGCCAAAUGCGACCUUUUCACAGUAAUUAGCUGCUACUUGACGCCAAGCUAUAGCAUACAGGAAUUCCAAGAAAAGCUCGACAAUAUUGAGGACACAGCCAGGUCUAUAGAAGGUGAACUAAUUAUCGCCGGAGACCUAAAUUCCAAAGCCGUAGAGUGGGGUAUGCCAAACAUGGACUCGAGAGGAAAGCGCAUUCUAGAAAUGGCUGCGCGCUUAAGCCUAAUAGUGCUCAACACGGGAAAUGCAACCACGUUUAGAAGACCGGGAUGCGAGGAAACUACACCAGACAUUACUCUAUCAUCAGAAUGCUUGGCAGGCUCAAUAAACGAAUGGAAAGUCUUAGAGGAUUACACCGGCAGCGAUCACCAGUACAUUUCCUUCACUAUCGACAUUGGAACAAACGCUAACCAGUGCAGGAAAAAGACUGCAACGCGGAGGUGGAACAUCUCGAAGCUAAAUACUUCGAAACUGAUCUCCGCAAUAGACGAACAAAACCCAUCUAGCAGCUCCCCARAAAAUGYAAGAAAAAUUGUCGAGCACACAAUGCUUAAUAUAGCAAGAGCCUGUAAAAAAUCAAUGCCUAAGGCUUCCCACAGCAAACACAAGGCAGCAGUCUAUUGGUGGACUGAAAAUAUCGCCCAACUCAGACGCACAUGCCUCCGCCUCCGCAGAUCCUACACGAGAUCCAGGCGCAGAGGAGCCGCACCCGAAGAGGCCGAGYAAUACAAAGCAGCAAACAAGGAGCUGAGCACGCCAUCGACAACAGCAAAAAAGAAAAAAUGGGAGGAACUACGCGAGGAUAUAAACAGAAAUCCCUGA